UCCUCAACACCAUGGCCUUCCGCGGCGAACGUUUCAUUCUUGACCUGGACUCCGAUGAUGAUGCCGCUCCGGAAGCUUCUCACGAUGUCCCUCCGGGCUCCUCAUCCAUCGCCAUCCCCGGGAUGAUCGGCGAAAUCCGCGAACGCACCCCAGCUGCGGCUCCCGCCCCGCCUGCUCCCAAACCCAGCACCACCGGCUUUCCAGCUCAUCGCCGUCGCGCCAAGCCCUCGGCUUUCAAACAACGACGAGCCCCGACGGCGUCUACCCCAGCCUCUGCUCCAGGCCCGACGGACGAGAAAACCGCCAUCGCACAGGAAAAUGAGCGGCAGCUGGCAUCCAUGUCCGAUGCGCAGAUCCAACAAGAGCGCCAGGAACUCAUGGAAUCCAUGGACUCCUCUCUACUCGAGCGGUUUCUCCGCCGAGCUCGGAUCGACGCCGACGACAAUGCCGCCACCUCCCAGCCCGCUGCCUCGUCCUCCGCCGUACAACCCGCUACCGCUGAACCCGCAAAAGACGACGAAGAGGAAAACGCAGCCCCUGCUCCACCAGCAGCAGCACCCUCUAUAACUCCCUCCUCAGCCAAACCACCCCCCUCCAACGAACCCUCCCCAGACGACGUCCCUCCCGCUGAAACCCCGUCCGACCUCCACGCCGCCGCCGAAUUGCCUCCCUCGGGCAGCGUGCACUUCCCAGCACCACCAUCUCAGACCUCACCCAUGCCCAAUCUCGAUCCCUCAUCCCCCUCCUUCCUCUCCGAUCUCCAAACGCACUACUUCCCCAACAUCUCCCACGACCCCGCCGCGCUCUCCUGGCUGCAACCCCCCUCCGCCGACCCAGAAGACCCCGACUCGACAUCCGCCUACCACCCCGCCAGCAACGCCGAGGCCAUCCACCCCGCCAACCUCCGCUUCUCUCUACUCGGAACGGUCCUCUCCCCAUCGACAUCCCUCUCCCUUCCCACCACCCUAGGUCUCCACCACCACGGCAAGGACCCCCACGCCGCGGGGUACACGAUCCCCGAACUCGCCAUCCUCAGUCGCUCCACGUUCCCCGCACAACGCUGCAUCGCGUGGCAAGUGCUGGGCCGGAUCCUCUUCCGGCUUGGAAAGGGUCAAUUCGGUGAACGCGGCAGCCCCCUGGUCGAAGGACUCUGGUCCGUCGUGGAGCGCGAGGGCGUGGUGGCCGGUAUGAUGGCCGAGGCGGAUGGAGUCACCGCGGGGACGACGUCCCGUCGCGGAGAGAAGGGCUCGGCGGCAGACGAAACGAAGGAAUCAUCUCAGGAACAGGAAUCCGCAGGGACGGGUGCCGCCAGCAGCCGCCGACAACAUGCCAGUGCUACAGCGUGGGCCGUCGAAGGCGUCUGGCUAUGGCAGAUGGGUGGCGCUGGAGACCGGGGGGUGCUGAAGGAGGGUACGAUUCGGUCGCAGUGAUGAAUCACACGGCGCGCUUUCUGUCCUUUCAUUAAAAGUAUCACAAAUUAAUAUGACCAU